AUGACGAGGUAACAGUGGGGAAGUUCUAUGCCACAUUCCUGAUACAGGACUACUUCAGGAAGUUCAAGAGGCGCAAAGAGCAAGGUCUUGUAGGAAGGCGCUCGUGGGAAAAGCUGAACACAACCAUGGCUCUUCAGGCUGGCCUGCGCACGCUGCAUGACAUCGGACCAGAGAUCCGUCGAGCCAUAUCAUGUGACCUGCAAGGGGCGGGGCUAGUAGAGGCUGAUGGAGAGGAAGAAGAGGAUAUAUACAGGCGUAAUGGAGGCCUUUUUGGUAACCAUGUCAACCACGUGGGUGCAGAUCAGCAAGGCUACUCUCACCCGACCACCGCCACCCAGCGGCCGCUACAGAUCCUGCCCUUUUCCUGCGGGGGCUCCACCGGGCCAACCCAAACAGGCAGGAGGGCCAGCGAGGGCGACGCAGGAGAGGAGACAGAGAUGAACUCUUCACCUAUCCAGUACAACCAUCAUUAUCACUCCCCCCAUCCAUAUAAUAACCCCCACUGUAUUCCCACCUGCCAUCAAUCACCAAUCCCCUCCAACGCCAACCUCAACAACGCCAACGUGCCCUCGCUUCUCUCCACGUCCAAUGGGAGGCAGCAGAAGUGUUUGUUAGGGCGAGACCGUCCGUCCUCUGCCAAAAACCGGUCAUCAGUGUCCACCUACAGCAGAGGAGUACACAACAAGCUUUGGAAGUCACACUCCACAAGGACACGCUACUAUGAGGCCUACAUUAGGUCAGAGAGCAGCAGUGGGCUCUACCCCACCAUUCGCCGAGAGGAGUCAGGGGGCGGAGACAGCGAUGAAGAGCGAGGCUCGGGAGAGUACUUCAGUGGGGAGGAGUUUCAGGAAGACGACAUCAUGGUCACAAAGGACAGAUUGUUCAACAGGGACCAGCGUGAUGCAGAGGCAGACCUUGACCACAUGGUUUCCAGGGGCGACCAACAGCCUGAUGGUUACUUUGACGAUGACCAACAGCCGAUCUACCAAGACGAAAGGCGGUCACCCAGGAGAUGGCUCUUACCCUCGCCUCAAGCCUGCACAAGACCAACAUUCAGUUUUGAGUGUCUUCGUAGAAGAAGUAGUCAGGAUGAUGCUCCUCUCUCUCCAUCCUGCACAGCUCUUCCACUGCACCUUGUACAUCAACAGGUGAUGGCGGUGGCCGGUCUCGAUGCCAGCAGAAUUCACCGCCGGUCUCCGACGCGAUCGCUCCGCUCCUGGGUCACGCCUCCUACCUCGCCCAUCAACAGGGACUGCUCGCCCUGCUACACACCUCUCAUACAGGUGGACUGGCGUAGUCACGGCAGCGUGGGUAGCCUCCCCGGAGCGGUGAAGAGGAGUUUGUGGUAUACAGACGGCCAUGACGGUCCUCCCAGCCGCAGUCACUCUCCGUCCCGCCUGCAGCUGCCCGCAGAGUGCCGCUCUCACUUCCAGCAGAAUAGAGGAAGCGCUAUCAGUGUGGUGGAGGCUGUGUUGAUCUCCGAGGGUCUUGGGAAAUAUGCCAAGGACCCCAAGUUUGUGACAGCGACCACAAACGAAAUCGCAGACGCCUGCGAGAUGACCAUCGAUGAGAUGGAGAGCGCCGCCAGUAACCUGCUGAAUGGCAGUAUAGGUAGCUGCAGCACAGGGGCCACGGGCAGCGAGGGCUCGGACUCGCAGGCCGCCUCGCAGCUCAGAGACAGCAGCAUCCGGGACUACAGCGAUGAGGAGCCCUGCGUGGCUCUGAAAUGUGAAGAGGACCUAACAGAUGAGAUGAUAUGCAUCACAUCCCUAUAGCAGCUGCUCACAUGGGAUUAUUUAGGUUUUUUCAAUUGAAUUUCUACAACUAAUCCACAGUGAGGGGAAUUUCUCAGUUCAGGAGCAUCCUGGGGAAAAUGUUAAAUAUGGGGGGAUAAGAGAACAAAGUGCCUUGUUUUCUCUUUCUGUGGAGUGGAGACGCAGAGAGGAACAGAUGGUUGUAUGGGAGAGCUGAGAUUCAACAUAUUGAAGCCAGAGAGACUCAAUCUUUUCACCGGCCUGCCGGUCAUUCAGCAGGAACUCGGGAUACUCCUUAAGGUGUUUUAUUUUGUUAUUUUCUUCAUUAUUAACGGUGGUUUGAAACAACAGAAUAACCUGCCAGCCUCGCAAAGCCAGCCCAAAGCUCAUAAGUUAGUUUUCCCAAAAACAUACUUUGAGAAAGAGCUGCACACCUUGGUAAAAUACUGGAAGUUAAUGUACUUGGUUAUUCAUAUUAUUUGUUUUGCCUCUGUACUACAGUGCAUUGUUUUUCAAAUUAAACAGCAACAUUGAUGGCUUUAAUUUGAGGAGUUUGCAUAUUGAGUGAACAAUAGCGGGAUUGUUCUGAUGCGUAAUCCAAAAGUUGUGGGAACAUGUUUAAAACAAGAACAGCUUUCCUACAACAUAAAACUGUGUCACACUGAUGUUUGAAAGAGUAACGCUGGCUUUGCGAAGCUGCUUUUGUCCUGCUGCAAAAUGUCUUGUCCUGAGUCCUUGUUUUCAGAUGGGUGUUUCAUGUCAUGUAUAUAACGUGUGAUUUUAUAAAAAAAUAACCUUUAGUGGUCACGAUAAGAGACCCUGGUUAUUCACAUUCUAGAUUACAUUCUGGCCUCCUACGUCUUGAAUUACCACAUAAAAGUUGAAUAAAACAAAUUAUAUUUUUAUUUUGUUAAUUUAUUUCAGCUAUUGUUACUGCAGAGCUACACUCAGGCUGAUCUGAGUCCAGAUGUUUCAGGGUUAAGCAUUGCUCGUCUCGGUACUUGAAAAGGAGAUCACAUAUCACAGAAUAAAGACUUUGUCCCCAGGCAUAUCCUUCUGUUUCACACGUGCACAAUGAUCUGAAACACAGAAACUGUGUGUAUAUAAUACUCUUCGCCCUUUACAGCAACAGAGAAUUAAUGUUACCGCAUUUUAGUUGCUUAAAUACUUUAAACAC